AUGACCGAUAUAAAGGUAGAAAGUAUUGGUCAGUUUGAAACCGAAAUAAAAAAAAUCCAAGAAAUUCUUCAACAAAAAGAAACAGAACAUACAUGGCAAUUAUUUGACGAUGCAUUAAAGCGUUUACUAAUUUUGUCUCGUAUCGGUGCUAUUAAUUAUGAAAAAUCUUUAUUAAAUUGGAUAAAGUCAUUAAGACAACCAAUUCUGGAUGCAAUAUUAACGGAAAGGACGCGUUUAUCGGGAACUGCCACAGAGUUAAUAGAAGAAUUUGGUAAAAUUCUUGGACCAAAAUUUGAAAUUAUAUCAGACAUGUUUGUACCAGCAAUUUUAAAGUUAUGUACGCGUACAAACAAGAUUUUUAUUAAUCGAGCACGAAAAUGUAUGUCAACUAUUAUUCGAGAUUGUCAAAUUCCAAGUUUAAUAACAAAAUUUAAAGAAUCUAUGCAAGGUCAAAGUAAAACAUUAAGAACUUCUGCUGCAGAAUUUACAUUGACUAGUAUUGAAGUUAGUGAUGUUGGUAAUCUGAAUAAUUACAUUUCCGAUUUGGAAUGGAUUAUAAGAGAAGGUGCUGUAGAUUCAACACCUGCUGUUCGUUCAGUUACAAAAAAGAUAUUUGAAGUAUAUAAAAUAAAAUUUGAUUUACGAUUGGAUGACUUCGUUAAUACUUUACCUUUUCAAGUAAAAAAAAAUUUGGGAGUUCAAGAUCGAUCUACAACAACAACAACUAGCCAACGAUCAAAAAUUAGAUUGCAAAAUCGUAUUAAAGAAAAUCAACAAUUACAACAAUCACAACAAGAUAAUAUUAUCAUAUAUACAAAAGAUGAUAAUGUUAAUGGAUCAAAUGAUAAAGAAUGGGUCGUGGAUUUAAGAUUACCUUCAAAAAAUAAAGAAAAUAAAGUGGUAUCAGAAUUAGAUAAAUCUAAUCCUCCAUCUAUACCAGAGGAGCACAACGUGUUAAACAAAAAGAUCAUACAAGUACAAUAA